AUGAUAGCUGUAGCCGAGAACGGGGUUCCCAAGCCAGGUCCCACCAAAGUCUGGACAACCCUCAUCACCAACACGGCCUACCUGACGGGCCUCUUGACCUUGGAAUACUCUCUCCGCAAAGCGGGCUCCAAGUAUCCGUUGGUGGCUCUCUAUACGGACACAUUCCCCGCCGAGGGCCACAAAGCCCUCGAUGCCCGGGGAAUAAUGAAGCAACGUGUCGAGUAUCUCGUGCCAUCAACACCCAAGGAAUACACCAAUGACCCGCGUUUCUACGAUUGUUGGUCGAAGCUCACGCCGUUUUCGCUCGUGGAGUAUGAGCGCGUCGUGCAGCUGGACAGCGACAUGCUCGUCCUCCAGAAUAUGGACGAGUUGAUGGAGCUCGAACUAGAUGCCCCGGAGUUGAAUGGCAAUGGAGAUCGCGUAUUUGCCGCUAGCCAUGCCUGUGUCUGUAAUCCGCUUAAAAAGCCUCAUUACCCGGUUGACUGGAUCCAAGCCAAUUGUGCUUUCUCUUCUCAGCAUGAAAAUCCAGAUGCCGCGCAAGAAAUCGGUGCUCCGCCAACCACGGGCCUUAGCAUUCCGAAUGGUGGCCUACAAGUCGUGAAUCCGUCUAAAGGGAUUUACGAUAAAAUUGUUGCUCAGCUCGCUACAUCUGCAACGUCAAGCUACGAGUUCGCCGACCAGUCUCUCCUCGGAGAUAUGUUCCACGGCCGUUGGGUUGCACUCCCAUAUAUCUAUAACGCUCUCAAGACUUUACGGUGGGAAGGCGUGCAUGACGCUAUUUGGCGCGAUAACAAGGUUAAGAAUGUCCAUUACAUUCUCAGCCCGAAGCCAUGGGAUGAAGUUCGUGAAGGUCUUCAAAAGAGCCAGGACCCAUCGCAUGUGUGGUGGAUUGAAAUGAAUGAGGAGAGAAUCAAGGAUGAGGAGCUCUUGGGCAAGAAGGAUGAAUUCUGA